CCUUCACGUGCUAGGCUUAUACGGCUGCCAUAUCAACCGACGUCAGCGGGAUCUUGUUCGUGAUUGCACUCUGCUGUGAAACAUCCCUUCAACAUUCCGACCAUAUGGAAUUAAUCUGACAAGCAGCUUUUAGUUUUUCCCCUUUUUUGUUUCUUUCUUAAACACUGCUUUAGAAAAAACGACACCGGCACGGAAGUUAGGUUGUUAGUCGAAUGGCGACGUCCAUCAUCCGGGUGCCGGUGCUGCUCAUCGUCUGCCUCGCUGCGCUCGACGCCUGGCCGUUGGGUUACAACGAUGAUGCGGAUUAUGCGGCGCUGCGGGAGAACGUCUGGAAUCCCAGCAGUCCAGACGAUGAUGCAGAGUCCAGUGAAGAGCCGACACCGGCACUCUUUAACCGGGAUUUAUUACAGCGGCUGAACGCGCUGCCCCGCACCCGUUUCCAGCCGGUAGCCGAGGAUGCCACCAAUAACCGCGGUGCCGGACCGUUUAAAUUCGCGCUACCGACACCGGUGGUCAAGAAGAAGGCCGUCCCGGUGAAAGUGCACAUUCCAAGCAUCAGCGAUGAGACACCGCUGUACCUAAACUACGCCGAGAAGGAAGAUGGUCGCCACGGCCCGCCACUGGCGCCCGCUGUCCCUGUGACCGCUCCCCCAUUGGCCAAGGUCACGUUGGAAGAUGAGCAAGAGGAAGAGAAGAAAUCGGAGCCGGUGUACGAGCCAAUGUGGCCGCUGGAAGAACAACAACAACAACAGCCACCGGAAGAUGAAGAGGAGGAGGGGGAAGAAAAACAGCCACGAUUCCUGGAAUGGGAGCCGGCGGAGAUCGAUUUCACCCAGCGAUUAGCUUUCCCGGAUUUCAGUCAGUGGCGCGCGGUGGAGCUACCCGAUCCCGCCGCGGCGGUCGAUACUGAGGAGGAAAAAACGGUCACGACGAUGGAAAUGGUGGCGGAAGAAGUGACCAGGGCACCGGAAAUCCCGGAAGCCCCGGAAGUCGUUAGCCUGCCCCCUGUGGCGGCCCCUCACCACCUGCAGGCCCCACCCGAGACCCCCUUCGUAGCCACUCCCCAGCUGGACUUUUUGAUCAAAUCCCUGGGUGACAAGCGCGCCGCGGCCAGCAACACUGUGGAGGACGACGGCAGCUGGUCUAUCGUGACCCCGGUGGCGGUGGCCGGGACGUGUGCGGCGGUGUUUGCCUGUAUAGCGUCGGCCAUCAUCUACCGGCGUUACCGGCGUAAACGCCCGGCCUACCUGGACGAUGCCGAGCCGGCUUACGGGGUCACCGGACCCCCGGUCAAGCCGACCUUUCUGGACCUGUCCGGGGAUCGGUCCCUGGCCAAGUCGGCCGAGACCUACCACUACCAACACCAAAAGAAACAGAUCCUAUCGUCGGCCGACAACAAUCCCAGCAGCGGCGGUAGUACGUCCGAGCCGCGCAGCGGUGACCAUUCGGACUAUGACACCGAGGAUGAUGAUGACGAGGCGGAGGAUUAUGGGGAUUAUACGGUGUACGAGUGCCCGGGAUUAGCGCCGCCCGGCGAGAUUGAGGUUGUCAAUCCCAUGUUUGCCGGUGGAGGCGGUGCAUCGGCCGCCGGCGGGGCGCCCAAGAAGGAUGACGCUAAUGAGGAAUAAGCCACCAUAUGGAACAAGAUGCCCCGGCUGCAUACACAGAUGUACCACCAUAUAACACUUCUCCAUCGCCGCAUUUCCUUCUAACACACACACCAGCUACCAAUCCAUUCCAGCGGGCCGCAGCCAAAAACAAGAAAUCAAUACCAUCUGUUCAAUAUACGCCGAAGCAAGCAGCUGACGUCGACCAGCGUAAUUUAUCCAUUCAUCAUUGCCCCGUGCGCCGCCGCGCGCCCUCUUCUUGUGCACACGGCUCCCGCGGGCUUUUUCUUCAUUUCUGCGACAGAUUCUAUGUUUUAGUUUUUUAGAGUUUUAAGAGCUUUAUAAAAAUAAUAACCGGUAUUAGAGCACUGAUCUUCCGUUUCGAAGCUGCUAUAACAUUUCAUUCUCUGGAUAGUCGUCCGUGCUUUUAAGACCGGCCGCCCCGGGGAUGCCGUGUAUUAAUGCAUGGGCGCUCACAGGGAGAAAAUGAGAGUUUUAUGCGUGUUUUUGCCCAUUAACAUCGAGAUUUUUUACUAGAGAUAAAACGGCUUUCUUUAGUGAUCAUUAAACGAUGGCAGUGC